AUGAUCGAUGUGGAAGCAGAGGUACUUGGGAAACGUGUUUUUAUGACAUUUGUAUACGGAGAGCCAGUACAAAAACUAAGAGACCAAGUAUGGGAACGUCUAUCGAGAUAUGGAUCAGCUCGAUCGGAACCGUGGUUUAUAAUUGGAGAUUUAAAUGAGAUAACGGGUAAUCAUGAGAAAGAAGGAGGCAAUAUAAGAAGUCUAGAAUCAUUUGUUCCUUUCAACGAUAUGAUUCGGAACACAGGAUUGUUAGAAUUACCAGCACGGGGAAACAAAAUGUCAUGGCAAGGAAGAAGGAAUAAAGUUAUGGUGAAAUGUUGCCUCGAUCGUGCACUAGCAAAUGAAGACUGGCACACACUAUUCCCAUGCUCCUAUACAGAGUAUUUAGGAUUGGUGGGGUCUGACCACAGACCUAUCGUGGCUUUUCUGGAGGAUAAGAUUCAGAAACGUAAAGGACAAUUUCGGUUUGACAAACGGUGGAUUGGUCAGGAUGGGUUGAUGGACUCCAUUGAAAGGGGAUGGGAGGCUACAUCAAGGAAUACUACCGGCAUGAGAUUUCAACAUGGAGAAAAAAAUAAUCCGCCUUAUGGAAAGGAAAAGAUUGGUGAGCUCCAGAAGGCUCUAGAAGAGGUACAAACGGAUUCUACGAGAACUCAGGAAGAUAUAAUGGAUAUUACCAGGAAGUUACAAGAGGCAUACAAGGAUGAAGAAGAUUACUGGCAACAAAAGAGCCGGAAUAUGUGGAACACGGCAGGGGAUCUGAACACAAAAUUUUACCAUGGAUUAACUAAACAACGGCGCACCAGAAAUAGAAUUGUUGGUCUCUACGAUGAAAAUGGCAAUUGGGUAGUUAAGGAUCAAGGCCUGGAAAAAGUUGCAGUCGAUUGCUUCGAUGAUUUGUUCCAAACAACUUCACCAACGGAGUUUGGAGGUUUUUUGGAGGAGAUAGUACCAACCAUCACUCCUCAAAUGAAUCAGCGGUUAAUUAAACCAGCAACGGAGGAAGAGGUGCGACAAGCUUUAUUUAUGAUGCACCCAGAGAAAGCUCCGGGAUCGGAUAGGAUGACGGCCCUGUUUUUUCAACACUCGUGGCACAUAAUUAAAAAGGAAUUAUUGGAACUAGUAAAUGAUUUCAUCACUUCUGCUGAGCUGGACACAAGGUUAAAUAUGACAAAUAUUUGUCUCAUCCCAAAGACGGAGAGGCCAACAAGGAUGAAAGAACUAAGGCCCAUCAGCCUGUGUAACGUAGGAUACAAGAUUAUUUCGAAGGUCUUAUGUCAGAGGUUAAAAGCGUGUCUCCCAUCUCUUAUCUCGGAAACUCAGUCCGCUUUUGUGGCCGGAAGACUGAUUUCUGACAAUAUACUUAUUGCCCAGGAAAUGUUCCAUGGUUUGAGAACAAACAAGGCUUGCCAAAACAAGUUCAUGGCUAUUAAAACAGACAUGAGCAAAGCUUAUGAUAGAGUGGAAUGA